CAAUUAGAAAUGUCAAUUUGUUUAUUGUAAUUUAAGGUUAUGAAUAAUAUUAAAAUAUUUAUUAAAAAUACCUAAGAAGUUUAAAUUUAGACAAUUUUUUAAUCAUGUUAAACAGUGUAUCAAUGUGUAAAACUUUAAAAUCUUGUAAUAUUUUGUUCUAUAAGCGAAAUUUUUGUAUAUCCACUAAAUUAUUAAACAUUAAUUCAUCCGAUGCCUCAACCACAUCAGAAAAAAGCGGCUUCGCAAAAUCUUUUGAAAAACAAACACAAUUACUUCAAGAGGAAAGCGUUCCAAAACAUACCUUCGCCUCAUUACUUCGUAAUUCUAAAUUAGUUGAUCUUGGAGAUCCAAAAGAUAAAAUUGUUAUUGGAAAAAUAUUCCAUGUUGUGGAAGAUGAUUUGUACAUUGAUUUUGGUUGGAAAUUUCAUUGUGUUUGCACAAGACCUACAAACAGAAAAGAUGACUAUGUUAGAGGAGCAAGAGUUAGAAUACAAAUAAAAGAUCUUGAGCUAUCUUCAAAAUUUCUUGGAUCUAACACCGAUCUCACACUCUUGGAGGCUGAUUGCAAACUACUAGGCAUUAUAUCCUCACCAAUAAGAUCAACAACAAGUGAAAAAAGUAGUUGAGUAUCUGAGUAUAAGUGUUUGUAAAUAGUCAAUAAAAUAAAAAUAUGUAGUUUU